AUGCACCUGUCUAAGGAUAAAUUUACGCUCCAUUUUCUCGAUGAGUCGAGAAGUCUCCGAAUUAUGUGGAUGUUGGAAAUUCUAGGCCUCGACUACGAAAUUGACAUCUAUCUUCGGAAUCCGGAGACAUUGCGUGGUCCUCCGGAACUAUUCCAGGUCCAUCCGCUCGGAAAGGCGCCAGUUAUGGAUAUCAAGUUUGCGGACGGUAGUCCAGAUCUUCAAUUGGUUGAAUCAGGCCUCAUAACGCAGUAUCUAUUGAAGCAUUAUGACCCAAAAGACAAAUUGAACCCAAGCAAUGAGAGAGACAAGCUUUUAGUUGAUUACUACAUUCACUACACAGAGGGUACGCUUCAACCAAUUUUGAUGUCAAUUUUAAUUAAUAGCUCUGCGAAGCGAAUUGCUCCAGUGGGUUUAAAAACCAUGGCUAAACUUCUUUCGAAAGGGCUCAAUUAUGGCUACUACAAGCCCGAAUUUGACCUCAACAUGCGCUUUUUGGACUCGAAACUACGAGAGCAGGGAUCUGGAUUCUUUGUUGGAUCGAAGUUAACUGCCGCCGAUAUUAUGUUGAGUUUCCCAGUCUAUGAGAAUGUGUUCGAUAAUGAGAUGGGUGUGAAGGAGUGUUGCGGCGAAACAGAGCUUUACAAAAAAUAUCCGCAACUAGCUGCUUGGUGCGACAAAGUGAGAAACGACCCUAUUUACAAGCGAAUCUCCCAGGUCACUCACCAGAAGGUUUUAGACAUCUGUGCCUCCAAAUAG